GAGAGAGAGAGAGAGAGAGAGAGAGAUCAGAGACUUCUCUGACUCUCACUCUCUUCGUCAUCCAUUAACAGUCUCCAUCUUUCAAACUCCGAUUCUCCUCUCCCUCCUAAUCACAACUUAAAUCAUCUCUUCGCCUCUCUUAACACGCACACGCACACGCUCUCUCUCCCCUCUUUCUCUCUCUGAGCUCCCUCUCUCACCCACCUUGCUCAUCAUACUCAUUACUCAGUCACUUCACUUCUUUCUCCCACAAAUCUCAAUUUUGGAAUUUCCCGUUUUUGAAUGAAUUUCGGUUCUUCCUAUGGAUCCUCCUCUCAUCAACGAGUCUACAUUCUCCUCCGCUAACCCUUCUGCCUAUAGUCUCGCAGAGAUUUGGCCUUUCCCUGGGGACCACCCGGCCGGACCCGGAUUGGGUCUCCGGAUGCCCCAUUUAGGUCACAAUUUCGGCUCCAUUCCCGAUAAUUCCCUCCAUCGAGAUGCCUCCGCAGAGGAGUCCACCGUCACCGAGCAGAGCGGCGGCGGCGCCGCUGCCGCCAGUGGAAAUCAUAGGAAGAGGAAAGAUGCCACCUCUGAGGACGAGUCCUCAAAGAUGGUUUCCAUGACUAGUGCCAGUGAUUUGAAUGAUUCUGGCAAUAAACGGAUAAAAUUAGGAGCAUCCAAGGAUGAAAAUGGUGGUCUGAAGGCUGAAGCAGAAGCAAGUUCAGUAGGUGGUAGCAAGUCAGCUGAACCAAGCAUUAAACCUCCUGAGCCACCUAAGCCGGACUAUAUACAUGUAAGAGCGAGAAGAGGCCAAGCAACUGAUAGCCAUAGUCUUGCAGAAAGAGCAAGAAGGGAAAAGAUCAGCGAGAGGAUGAAGAUUCUUCAAGAUUUGGUCCCUGGAUGUAACAAGGUAAUUGGUAAAGCACUUGUCCUGGAUGAGAUAAUCAAUUAUAUUCAAUCGCUGCAGCGGCAGGUUGAGUUCCUUUCGAUGAAGCUUGAAGCAGUUAAUUCGAGAAUGAACAUGAACCCCACUAUUGAAGGGUUCCCUUCAAAAGAUCUUGGUGCUCAGGCAUUUGAUGUUGCUGGAAUGAUAUUUGGAUCACAAUCAGGCAGGACGUAUGCUCAGGGAACACAACUCGGAUGGCUGCAUAUGCAGAUAGGUGGUGGUUUCGAGAGAGCAACAUAGUUCAAGGAGAUUGGUUGCUUAGCAUAUGUUCAUUUAACAACCUAGUCAAUUGGUAUAGAAUGUAUUUGGUCAGUGUGUCUCUUGUUAUUAUAUGGUAUCAUUAGUAGGAAGUGUUUGUAAUCUCCAUGUGCGUCAUCUGACACAGCAUAUUGUGCUUCACCAUGCUUGCCACCAGAAACAAUCUUCGUGUGGUUUUCGUUUUAAAACUAUGCUGCUAUAGUGUUCCUUUCACUUGAUUUGUUUUCUUUGUGGCACAAAUCGUAUUUAUCAUCAGCUUUUGUAUGUGUCUAUCCAGUGGAAACUAAUAUGAGCAUUACAAGUUAGUGAAUUAUUGUAACUAA